ACUUUACGUAAUUAAUAUUCACGAGAGACGAGUUUUCAUCACUGCGUUCACAAUUUCAUCGCAAACACAUGCCUUUUAUAAACAAAUAUAGUGUUUUGCAGUUGUAUAAAACGUCGUGUGGUGUGCUGUAAGCGCCAGGAUGCAAUAAUACAAUCUGAGAGGAAAACCGAGUCGCUUUACACGACAGCCAUGCAAUGACUGUCAACACAGACACAAAUGCCUUGCCUUUUCCCUGGGAUAAGAUAAGAUUGCCAGAAACAGUGAAGCCCCAGCACUAUGACCUCCUGAUACACCCCAACUUGACCUCCCUGACCUUCACCGGAGUUGUCCAGAUUCUCAUAGAGGUAGAGCAGGACACCAGAGCCAUCAUCCUUCACAGCAAGAACCUGCAGAUCUCCAAAGCUCAGCUCUUGGGCUCCAGACAUCCUCAGGAUCUGCAAACCAGUGAGUUUGAAGCCUAUGAACAGAUAGCACUCUUUUCUGAUGGCUUCACAUUUGAGAAAGGAAACCACGUGGUGCAUUUGGAGUUCUACGCCAACUUAUCAGACAGUUUUCACGGCUUUUAUAAAGGCAGAUAUACCACAAACAGCGGAGAGGUCAGGAUGAUGGCAUCCACUCAGUUUGAGCCGACGCAUGCUCGAGCUGCCUUCCCUUGUUUUGAUGAACCUGCAUUUAAAGCCAACUUUACCAUCCGUGUGCGCCGAGAAUCCAGGCACAUUUCCAUAUCCAACAUGCCCAAGCUGAGAACUGUAGAAAUGGCUGACGGGCUGCUCGAGGAUCAGUUUGACACGACGGUGAAGAUGAGCACCUACCUGGUGGCCUUCAUCAUCUCCGAUUUACAGUCCAUCAGUAAAAAAAGCCAGCAUGGAGUCGAGAUAUCAGUGUAUACUGUUCCCGAGAAGAUCAGUCAGGCGGAAUAUGCUCUCAACACCGCCGUCACACUGCUGGACUUUUAUGAUGAUUAUUUUGACAUUCCGUAUCCACUUCCCAAACACGAUCUUGCAGCGAUCCCAGAUUUCCAGUCAGGUGCUAUGGAGAAUUGGGGCCUGUCGACUUACAGAGAGUCCGGUUUGCUCUUUGACCCUGAGAAAUCUUCUUCCUCGGACAAACUGGGAAUCACUAAAGUCAUUGCCCAUGAACUAGCCCAUCAGUGGUUUGGAAACCUGGUCACGAUGCAGUGGUGGAACGACCUGUGGUUAAACGAGGGCUUUGCCAAGUUCAUGGAGUAUGUGUCCGUCAACAUCACCCACCCUGAGCUGCAAGUGGAUGAUUAUUUCCUGGAGAAGUGCUUCACUGCUAUGUCAGUGGACUCUUUAACCUCCUCACACCCCAUUUCCACUCCAGUGGAGAAUCCUGCGGAGAUCAGCGAGAUGUUUGAUGACGUUUCCUACCGGAAGGGUGCGUGUAUCCUGAACAUGUUGAGGGAUUUCCUGACGCCAGAGGCUUUCAAGUACGGUAUUAUACACUACCUGAAGACACACAGCUACCAGAACACAGUGAACGCUCACCUCUGGGAAAGUCUUACCAAUAUCUGCACUUCUGAUGAAUUGGAUUCAGGGAGACUAAAACUCGAUGGAUUCUGUUCCAAAAGCAGGGCUGAAUCUCCAGCCUCUCAGAAAUGGUUCAUGGAGGACAGUGUUGAUGUUCAAGCCAUUAUGGACACCUGGACGCUGCAGGAGGGCUUUCCUUUAAUCACUGUGGAGGUCAAAGGUCAAGAGGUCACCCUCAAACAGGAGCGCUUCCUUAGAGAAGCAAACUCUUCGAAGACUUCAAAUACAUCAAGCUUCCUGUGGCAGGUUCCUCUGACUUACAUCACCAGUCACAGUAGUGCAGUGCAGCGUUUCUUGCUGAAAAGUGAAAAAGAUGUGUUGUACCUGCCAAAGAAGGUGGACUGGAUUAAAUUUAACGUGGACCUGCGGGGGUAUUAUAUUGUACAUUAUAAGUCAGGAGGCUGGGACGCUUUGAUCAACCAACUCCAGCAAAACCACAGUGUGUUCAGCAGCAACGACAGAGCCAGUCUGAUCCACGACAUCUUUCAGCUGGUCAGCAUUGAGAAAAUCCCACUGGACAAAGCUCUGAAUCUGAGUUUGUACCUCAGUAAAGAGUCGGAGAUCAUGCCGGUGACGCAGGGCUUUAAUGAGCUGGUGCCGCUUUACAAACUCAUGGAGAAGAGAAACAUGGAGGAACUGGAGAACCAGCUGAAGGGUCAUUUAGUGAAGUUAUUCAAGACGCUGAUUGACCGCCAGAGCUGGUCUGAUGACGGGUCUGUGUCCGAGCGGAUGCUCAGGAACUAUCUGCUGUUGUUUGCCUGCAUCCGCCGUUACCCAUCCUGCAUCAGCACCGCCACGCGACUCUUCCAGCAGUGGAAGGAAUCCGAUGGCAAAAUGUGGCUGCCCACUGACGUCAGUUUGGUGGUCUACACUGAAGGGGCGCGUACAGACGAAGGCUGGGACUUCCUGUUGGAGAAAUACAAGCGAUCCGUCUCGCCAUCGGAGAAGUGGAUAAUUAAAGCCGCCCUCUCGUACAGUCCAUUAGCUCACAAGCUUCAGUGGCUUUUGGAAAGAACCAUUGAAGGAGAGAUCAUAAAAACUCAAGACCUGCCGUCGCUGGUCAUCAGCGUCAGUAAAAACCCAAAAGGUUUCAAACUCGCCUGGGACUUCUUGAAAACCAGUCUUCUCGCGGUUGAAACACCGAUUGAGUGA